UGACUACACAAAGAUCACCAACAACGGUCUGCUCUCUUGUCUCUCUCUCCUCCCUCACUUGCUAGCUUAAAAGGAGCAAAAGAUUCCCCUCACUUUUCGCGCACAUUCUCUUCCGUCCUUCGCCGCUUUCCUCUACGAUCAGAUUCAGAGGCCAAACAUAGGAGGGGCCAUCAAUGGGUGACGGCGCCAUGUGCGAGCUCUUGGUCGACGACCACAGCGAGCUCCGGCACCAGUCGUCGGGUGCCGAGGAUCUGUUCAGCAUCCUCGAGACGUGGGAGGAGUGCAUGGCCGGCAGUUCUGCGCAUGCGGCGGCCAUGCCAGCGUGUAGCCAGAGCUCGACCGGUGGUUCUGAGUCUGCUGGCGCCAUGGCGGGGGCUAGGCCGACGGCGAACAACCGGCGGCGCGCGGGCGAUGAGGGGAAUGGCGUCGGCCGUGGCGCUCCGGCGCAGAAGAAGCAGAAGGGUUCGUCAACGGCGGCGGCACAGGAUGUGGCGGCCGCCGAUGAGGGGGGCGCGAAGAUGUCGCACAUCGCGGUGGAGCGCAACCGGAGGAAGCAGAUGAACGAGCACCUCGCCGUGCUGCGCUCGCUCAUGCCAUGCUUCUACAUCAAGAGGGGAGACCAAGCGUCCAUCAUAGGAGGGGUGGUGGACUACAUCAAGGAGCUGCAGCAGGUGCUGCGCUCGCUGGAGGCCAAGAAGCACCGCAAGGCGUGCGCAGAGCAGGUGCUCAGCCCGCGGCCCGCCAUGCCGGCGGCGAGCCCGCGGCCGCUCCUGAUCAAGUCCACGCCGCCGCUCAGCCCGCGCGUGGCGGUGCCGAUAAGCCCACGGACGCCGACGCCCGGCAGCCCCUACAAGCAGCCGUCCGGCGGCGGCGGCGGCAGCGGGGCUGCCGCUGGAAGCAGGCCCCCGCACCCCGCCGCGGCGGCCUACAUGAUGCCGUCGCCGGCCAUGACGCCGACGACGUCGUCGUCGUCGUCGUCCUACGCGCACGAUCAGCAGCAGCAACAGCACUACCCGACGACGCAGUUGUACCUGCCGACCCUGGACAGCCUCGUGACCGAGCUCGCCGCGCGGGCCGCCGGCGGCAGGCCCGCGGCGGCCGGGCUCACCCUCCCCGACGUGAAGGUGGAGUUCGCCGGGCCCAACCUGGUGCUGAAGACGGUGUCGCGCCGCGCGCCGUGGCAGGCGCUCAAGAUCAUCGCCGCGCUCGAGAGCCUCUCGCUCGAGAUCCUCCACGUCAGCGUCAGCACCCUCGACGACACCAUGGUGCACUCAUUUACCAUCAAGAUUGGGAUCGAGUGCGAGCUUAGCGCGGAGGAGCUUGUGCAGGAAAUUCAGCAAACGUUCUUGUGACGUGCGACUGGCUUGCUAGCUGCACAGAGAGCGUCGAGAUCGAGCAACUUGGAUGCUUGGCUGUCCAUACACAGGCGGCUCAACAGUUAAUAGCGGCGCAGCUAUAUAUGUCCCUGCAGCUGUGAUGGCACAUCACCAAGGUGUAGACUCUAGUACGUCAAUACUCACUCCGUCCUAAGAAAAAGGGUGCAAUCCUAGCGUUUGAAAACAAAAAUCGAUGAAGAGUGCAAUCCUAGAUAUUGGAUCUCAAUCACCUACCUCAUUAGAUGGUCAGAUUUGAUUUGCAUGCCAAAAGUAAUCUGUUACAAAAAAUUAGAAUUGCACUUUUUAAAAGACGGUGCAAAGAGUAGUUAUAGGGAUCACGGAUCAGGUCUUGUUUCGAUCGAUCUGUAGCUGUGUGUAGUACACACGUGCCUAGCUUAGAGAUGGUUAUUGUCUUGAUUUCUACCGCUGUAAUCGAUCCCUUUUUAUCUCGAUCAACAUGUGACUAUGUACGUAUACUUCUCUCCUAGCUAAUUUUGCUCACAUGUUUUUGCA